AUGCAAUUCCUCACUGCAAUUCUGGCAUUUGCCGCAGUUGCAGCUGCCGCGCCUGCUGCUUCACCUGAGCCAGGUGCCCCAUAUGAGGCUCCGAGCCCAUGCGGUCCCGGAGGUGAAAUGUACUGGUCUGUGGCUGAUGAUGGUGGCGGUGGAGGAUGGGGCUGCCUCUCGAACGGAGCUGGAGGCUGCAGAGAAUACUACUGGAAUACAGUUCCUCCCUACUGGAGCUGUUGGAUGGGAGGCAAGGAUUAA